GGAUUUCAAAGUGGCUCUGUGACUGACGUAUUGAUGUGCUCAGUGAGAGGAGCACUGUCAUAAUUCAUUUAACACAAAAGAUUCAAGUACUUGACUGUAAAUUGUAGAGAGUCUAUAAUAUAAUGUACUGUGGUGUAAAAAAUUGAAAAUCCACUGCACGUAUUUGCAAUACAUAGAGGUAAUUUUUUUUGGCUUGUUUUUAUAGAGAAAUGUUGCCGAUUAAAUUUCCAUUAUAGUUGAUGUAUGUAUGAAAUUGUAUGAUCGUAACUGGAGAUUGUUUUCAGGUAAUGGCAAGGACCAGGAAAGCAGAUAUAUUUCUUCCCCUGCUUGCUGGUAUAGCUAAUAAAUAAACCAUAUGAAGUAUAUUUCUCCAAUGGUACAGUACCAUACUGAUGAAGAGAAGUGGCUGACAACAAGCCCUUUCAUACUCCUUUUGCCUUGACUUUAUAUAAUAUUUUUAUUGUCAGUAUUACAUUGACUUUCUCAUUGUUUUAAGGUAACGACGUCAUCUUUCUUGAAAAAUGUUUUAUCCGAUAAUGCAGCCGGACUCUGUAUACCCCCCACCCUCACUUGAUACCUCUUGUAACCCCACCUCUAAGAUACCACAACAAGGGGAUUUUCUUAAUUACAAAGAAAAAAAGAUUAAAUGUGUGGGGUGAUUUGUUCGGAGUGAUUCAAUGUCAACCGUAUGAAUGCCAGAUCUGCAAAAUAAUGCCUUAAAUUUGUAAUAAACAUGACAAAAUUUCACAUUGUUUAAUUUGGAGACAUUGUUCCAUUGAUGAUACAUUUGGAUUCAGUUAUGAUCCUGUCAUGGAACUCUCCCCUCACCCCCACAAAUGUUAGCUUUUAAAUGUCUUGUAUCUGUAGCUAUAAUGUUAGGAAACCUGUGCCCUAGUAUUUGAGCGCGCCAACGUAACUUUUCCCAUGUAUUCUCAGGUAGUUGAUAUCAUGCGAGUAAACGUGGAGAAAGUAUUGGAGCGUGACCAGAAAUUGUCCGAACUUGACGGGCGUGCAGAUGCACUGCAGGCAGGAGCAUCCCAGUUUGAGGCUAGCGCUGGCAAACUUAAAAACAAGUAUUGGUGGAAGAACUGCAAGAGUAUGAUAAUGAUGGGAGUUGUGAUAGCUGUUGUGGUUAUCAUAGUGGGCGUCUACGUGUACACAAAAUACAUCAAGACAGAUGAUGCAGGAGCAGCAGCUGGGCCCUCAGUGGCCCCUGUGGGGCCUGCCACUGCCCCGGGGCCAACCAGCCCUGCAGCCAUAGUCUCCCCCUCUGCAGGCCCCGUGAAAGAUGCCGGAGGGGGCCAGUAGAGGAGCAGCUGAUACAAUUUGGAACAUUGACGCCUCUUUCAUGUGGAUAGUGACAAGCCUACCUAAAGAUGGCAAAAGUUCUGGAGGCACCAAUUCAACACGAGCUGAGGGCAGGCGAUUAUAAAGGAG